GAGUCACCACCAAAACCCGAUUCGACAUCUUCACCACGGACAUUUUGCGUUUCAACACAAACCACCCGAAAUGUCUAUGGAUUUGGAUGACGCCCCCGUGUCCAUUGCACCGGUGGGCAUGCAGCAGAACACAGCAACUAUUCUGUGUUGCAACUGCGGUGCCGCCAUCGAUGGAACCCAAGCGACCGGCGCCCUCUGCUUUGACUGUGUCAAGCUCACGAUCGAUAUUUCCGCCGGAGUCCAACGCGAAUCCAACCUCCAGUUCUGCCGUGACUGCAACCGAUGGCUGACGCCGCCAACCAGCUGGGUUGUCGCCAACCCCGAAUCUCGAGAGCUUCUCGCCCUGUGCCUUAAGAAACUGCGAGGUCUUGCCAAAGUGCGCAUCGUAGAUGCCUCGUUUGUCUGGACCGAAGCCCACUCCCGAAGAAUCAAAGUCAAAAUCACAAUCCAAGACUCCGUCCAGGACGGCGUCCUGCUUCAACAGACGUUUGAAGUCGUCUACAUUGUCACAACUCAGCAGUGCCCCGAAUGCGCCAAAUCUUAUACCGCUAACGUCUGGAGAGCUUGCGUUCAAGUUCGUCAAAAGGUCCUACACAAGCGUACUUUCCUGUUCCUCGAGCAGUUGAUUAUGAAGCACCAAGCCCACAGAGAAACCCUCAACAUCAAGGAAGCCAAGGACGGUAUUGAUUUCUUCUUCUCUGCCAAGAACCAAGCCGACAAGUUUGUUGACUUCCUCAACUCCGUGGUGCCUAUCCGCAUGAAGAAGGCCCAGGAACUCAUCUCUCAUGACACACACACCUCCAAGCGCUCUUACAAAUUCACGUACUCUGCCGAACUGGUACCUAUCUGCAAAGAUGACCUGGUCGCCCUGCCCAUCAAAAUCGCCAAGCAAUACGGCAACAUUUCUCCUCUGGUCCUUUGCCACAAGAUUGGUACCUCCAUUUACCUGCUCGACCCCCAGACCCUCCAGACUGCUGAUAUCAGCGCUUCCAUCUACUGGAGAGCGCCGUUUUUGGGCCUAGCCGAUACACAAUCCCUGGUGGAAUUUAUCAUUAUGGAUGUUGAGCUUACUGGCAAGCAAAACGGAAAGUGGCGAUUUGCAGAGGUUACUGUUGCCCGCGCUGUUGAUCUCGGAGUCAACGACAAGACAUACUUUACAAGAACACAUCUUGGUGGAUUGUUGCAAGCCGGUGAUAGCGCCAUGGGAUAUCUUCUUGAGGGUACUGUCUUCAACAACCCCGAAUUCGAUGCCAUGGAAGCCUCCAGCGUAUACUCAUCAACAAUUCCGGAUGUUGUCCUAGUCAAGAAACACUACCCCCGCAAGCGCAGAAACAGACGCCGCAACUGGCGCCUUAAGCGCAUGGCCAAGGAUGAAGGCGAACUUCUCCCUAAGAAGGCUGACCAGGAGCGUAUGGAUAACGAGUACGAAAUGUUCUUGCGUGAUGUAGAGGAAGAUGAGGAGCUUCGUGCUGCUCUUGCUCUGUACAAGAACGAGCAGCAAGAACAAGUAGAGGAGGAGGAAGAGAUGAGCAUGGCUGACUCUGACGAAGGCGUCGACGCAGCUCCUCAUGUUGACAUGGAUGAAUUGCUAGACGACUUUGAUGAGCUUACGAUGCAGGACGCAUAGAUACUGGGAUUUCCGUUUUUAUUUAAAGGGUAUUUAUGAGUUACAAAAAGAAAUGCAAAAUUCGUUAAAUGAUCAUAAUAUUUUGAUUCCCCAGGACGCCUUCUUCCAGGCAUGUUGUAUGGUGUUGUAUUAGAGGAAGUGUGGCACCACGCUUUCAAUCGGUGAUGGUUCCUUUUUAGGCGUCCGUGAGCUGAACUGCUCCCGAGAAGCGUUUCGUUUUACAUUGCGCUUCUUUAAGCCGAACGGAUCAUCCACGUCGAUAUCAUCAUCGACGAGGUUCACGACAGUUGCUCGGCUCGCACUGCUGUUUGACGGGCCAGGCGUCGCUGGGCUAGGCUGAUUCGAGGUGUGGGUUGGUAUGCGUCUCCGUAUCGGAGUAGCAAAGGGCGAUAUCCGCGAAGACGACGGGCCGACACCUGGAGAACUCUGUAUAGCAGGUUGUGGUCUGCGUUGUGGCCUUGCCGAAGCUGGGGUGCGUGCGGCAGUGCUUGGUCGUGGAGCUAGAGAGGAGAUGGACUGCUCUUGCUGACUGGGUGCAUCUAGCAAGUUCCGCAAACCAGUGGCUGGACGGGGAGACGAGCUGCUGGCAUCUUCACCCGGGACCGAGCGCUGCUUGAUCCGUUGAGCGACGCGAUCAUGACGUCUGCGGGCUUCCAUGGUAGGGGUCCCGAUGACAGGGCGUUCAAUUUCGCGAAUGGAGUCUGCGUUUUGUGAUCUUGCUAGCCGCUUGAGACGUUCGUACUCUGCGCGAUGCAGAUGCGUGGUGAAUCGCUGAGCCGCACGGAGGAGUUCAUCUUCAACCAUACGGUACCGAUCAUCGCCUUCAAUCAUAAAUCUAUGCGAGCUUCUUAGAGUCUUGGUUUCUGCGGCGUGUGAAGGCCGAUUCUUACUGUUCUAGAGGGGCAUCAGGUGGAGGUGAUACUGAUGAACGGGAUUCACGAUCUGUCGGCAGCAGUUAGCUUCAUGAUAAAACCCCAGUACUUGGUUCGAUCACUCACUGGAUAUCGGCAAUCUGCGCCGUGGAGUAUGAGAUGCACUGUUGAUGCUGCCAGGCAGGGAGUCUGCCUGAGGCUGUGGACUUGAGCUCUCUUCUUUCUUGGCCCGUCUCGACGCUGGUGAAGCAGCCGGGCUAGACUGCCACCUGGCUGUGUUCCACGGGAGGCGUCUGGUCAUGACGAUGUGGAUGCAGUGAUGCGCAUUGUAAACAGUAUUUGAUGGUGGUGUAGCUGCUCGUUUGAUUAACACACAAGAGGGCUUUUACCGCAGGAGCAUCAUGAAUCGUAUAAUUGCAAUGCUAGACGUUUUAUUUAUUUCUCCUCUUUUGUUGGAUUUCUCCUUUGUGAAGUAAUAUCGAUCUGCAGUGUUUGUCACGGCGCAGAGUUGUUGCAGGUGGUGCGAUGGCUGCCUUGGGUUUGUUGUGGCGCUAAAACUAAUUACGUAUCGGA